AAGGAGAGAGGGAUUGAGAUUCCAGCGGCGACGGCAGGCAGGCAGGCAGAAAAGGCGUUGCCAAACAGAAGCGUCGCGUUGGGGAGAGAGGGGGAGCGGCGGGCGAGCGAGCGAAGCAUCCAUGGCGGAGCACAAGGAGGAGUCGGUGAUGGACAAGAUCACGGAGAAGUUCCACGGCGGGUCCUCCUCUUCCUCCUCGUCGUCGGACGACGACGAGAGGAAGUCGGGGUCGUCGUCGUCCGUCAAGGCCAAGAUCUACCGCCUCUUCGGCCGCGAGAAGCCCGUCCACUCCGUCCUCGGCGGCGGCAAGCCUGCCGACCUCUUCCUGUGGAGGAACAAGAAGAUCUCCGGUGGGGUGCUCGCGGGCGCCACCGCCAUCUGGCUGCUGUUUGAGGUCCUGGAGUACCAUCUCCUCACCCUCCUCUGCCACGGCUUCAUCCUCACCCUGGGCAUCCUCUUCCUCUGGUCCAACGCCUCUGCCUUCGUCAACAAGUGCCCUCCCAACAUUCCAGAGGUGAAGAUCCCCGAGGACCUGGCUGUCAAUGUUGCCCGCUCGCUGCGAUACGAGAUCAACAGGGGCUUUGCUAGCCUGAGGGCGAUUGGUCAAGGCCGUGACCUGAAGAAAUUCCUGAUUGUGGUUGCAGGCCUGUGGAUCCUCUCUUUCCUUGGCAGCUGCUGCAAUUUCCUGACCUUGUUCUACAUAGUCUUCAUGGUGCUUUACACCGUGCCUGUUCUGUACGAGAAGUAUGAGGACAAGAUCGAUGCUUUUGGAGAGAAGGCCAUGGUCGAGCUGAAGAAGUACUACGCCAUCUUCGAUGAGAAGUGCCUGUCCAAGAUUCCCAAGGGUCCGUCCAAGGAUAAGAAGCAGCAUUAGAACGGUAGAGAGUACCCUGCGCAGAUUUAUCUUCAAAGUUGAUCACUACUCGUCGGUUUUCAAGGAUGGUUGUGAUUCCAUUUCCGUAGCUGAUAGUAGAUACCUACCACUAUCUGGUCAAAAACCCCUGGCACGGUCAGUAGUCAUGGCACGUGCAACUUCUACGAACUUAAAAGUCAUGCCAGCUUUUGCUCAAUAUCCUGUUUCCAAUUCUAUGGUUAAUGUAGCAUCCUCACUUGCAAGUUGUGUUGGUGUAAUAUGGCAGUGAUGUUUGCGACUUUAGUAGACUUGCUACAAUGAAUGAAGUGGCUCUUUUGAUGUUAUGUCA